GUAUUCAUCCGCGCACACACAUAGCGAUCGACAUCGCGCAGUUUAUCUGCCUCACCAGCUCUGGUUUCCCCACGUUCAGCCUUACCCCCGACAAUUGCCGCCAUGUUUUUUUGAGGCAGGAUGACAGCAGAGCGAGCGCAGACGAAGACGGAUAUAAGACUGAAAAAAUCCGUCGAAUUACAGCAUUUUUUCUAACAGGCGACGGUCUAUUUUUUAUUGCGGACUCGCGAGGAACUCAUUUCUCGGUAUUUUUGCAAAUACCAAUGGCUGAAUUGUAAGUGUUUUGUUUUCCUAUGGCGUAGGAACAUUUUUCCUAACAUAUAUCUUUUUUUAUUUCUGUAUGGGAGGGUGUCCUCCCACAGAAAUAUAAAAUCCAGAAAUCAGUGUUUUCUCCGUUUUGAAGUUUAUGCCAUGAAAAAGCAAGAAGUCUGAAGCCUGACUGAGGAAGAACAACAUAUAAUUCCUGCCUGCGCUUAACUACCUCUCUCUACCAGCGAACCUACAGGAAUAACCAGACGAGUGAUCUCUGCAUGAGCAGCUGCUUUAACACAAGCCACCUGCUGUUACUUAAGCAAGUUGAAAGAAGGAAAACAACUUUUAAUCAAAAGUGAGGAUACGACAGAGCGUUUAAAGAUGACGGGAAACAUCCCAGUUGACAUGAUCAACUUGAGACUCAUCUUGGUGAGUGGAAAGACAAAAGAGUUCCUGUUCUCACCAAACGACUCCGCGGCCGACAUCGCCAAGCAUGUGUACGACAACUGGCCAAUGGACUGGGAAGAGGAGCAAGUGAGCAGUCCUAACAUCCUGCGCCUCAUCUACCAGGGCCGAUUCCUACAUGGAAAUGUGACGCUAGGAGCUUUAAAACUGCCUUUCGGAAAAACCACAGUGAUGCAUUUAGUUGCCAGAGAGACGCUGCCUGAGCCAAAUUCCCAAGGUCAGAGGAACCGGGAAAAGACUGGAGAGAGCAACUGUUGUGUGAUCCUGUAAAUACAUCCCUUCAUCCCUCUGAACGAGUGUGUCCUGUCACCCUUCGCCCAUGCUGCUUAAAUACAUCUAAUCACACCAGACAUCCACGAGCAAGAGAUUCACUUCACCUGGAAAGGAAAGAAUCACCUGAGAGAGAGGGCGAGACACGGAUCAGAGAACAUUUCGGCUUUGCAUAGACUAUAUUUGAGGCAAAAUAAAAUACAUCACACACACACACACACACACACACACACACAUUUCCACCUUUUCUAACACCUUCACACACAUCCAUCAACUCAGCAGACCUGUAACUCAUUCUCACACACACACACACGUUUGUUUUUGUGAAAAGUGGGUUCAUCCCAUAGGCGUAAUGUUUUUUUUACUGCACAAACUGUAUAUUCUAUAGCCCUUCACCAGCCCUACACCUAACCCUAACCCUCAAAGGAAACUUUGUGCAUUUUUACUUUCUCAGAAAAACUGUAUGAUUCUGUAUGAUUUAUAAGUGUUUUGAAAAAUGGGGACAUGGGUUAUGUCCUCAUAAGUCACCAUCUCCUUGUAAUACCUGUUUCAUACCCAUGUCAUUUUACAAAGUUAUGUCCUGAUAUGUCACAAAAACGAGCACACACACACAUACCCUGCUACCAGUUUGCACACAGAGGAGGCCCUCGUUUCCCUGUUUUUUUUUAUUGCACAUAGUAACAUGAAUGAUUCAGAGAGGAAAUAAAGACUUGUUCGCCUCAGCCGAGGCGCUUGAUUAUCCCUCUCAGGAGGGAGAUGUGUG